AUGUCACAGAAUGUAUAUGGAGAGGAACUUCCCAGGCCUUCCAUCAGUGCCUGGCCCAGCUCUGUGGUCAGGUGCAGGAGUAACGUCACUCUCCGAUGCUGGACUCAUUUCCAGAACGUUACAGUUACUCUGGGAAAGUUGCACAACUCUGGGUAUCAGCAGGAGCUAACAUCAGCGGCAAAGGAGGCUGAGUUCCACCUCACUCACGUGCAGCCUGAAGAUGCUGGGGGCUAUUUCUGUGCUUACAGGACAGCAGCAUCCCGCAGGUGGUCAGCACGGAGUCAGUACCUACAGCUGGUGGUCACAGAUGGAGUGGGAGGAGGUGGAGGAAAUUCCCCCCGACCAUCAAACAGCAAACGCAUCAUCCUGACCACCUUCAGCUGCCUCUGCAUCUCUCUCCUCUUUGUCUCCAUCUACUUUAUCUACAGAUGCACUCAGAAAGGUUCGUCACACAAAGAGCCUCCCGAGAGUGACACUGAGAAUGAUCACGUGUGUAAAUAUGAGCAUGAAGCCAGCUGCGUUGAGUGACACCUGGAAUCCAACAAUCAGGAGGCUGAAGCCGAAGACUGUGAAUUUGAGGUCAACCUGAGCUGCAUACAGCGAGCAGAUCUCAACAGACACACAUAGAGAAACGCACAGGGAUGCACACACAGACACGCACAGAGACAGACACACAUAUGUACACACACAAACGUACACACAGACACAUGCCAGUGACACACAGACACUCAGAGACACACACAGACACAGACACACACGCACACACAUGCUUUUCUUCCAAUGUUCUGUCACUCGACUUUGCAAGGCAUUGUUGUAAUAUAGGAAGAAAUGGAAGCGUGAACAUUUGGAUCCUCUAUAUAAAUAUCCUUAGCUCAUGAGCAGAUUUUGAAUAAUUUUCUCUUUUUAUGAUUUUUUUUUGGUGUUUGGGGUUUUUUAUUGUUGUUGUUGUUUGUUUGUUAAAACAGGUUCUCACUGUGUAUCCCUGGCUGGCCUGGAAUUUGCUAUGUGGAUUAGACUGGCCUUGAACUCACAAAGAUCCACCUGUCUUUGCCGGCCAA